UUCAUCUGUUUUCUUUCUUGAAACUGUAUUUUGAUUUCUUGAAUUCUCUUUUUUUGUAGUGAUUUGGAAGGCAUAUACGCCAUUGUUGAUUGCUAAUUUUGUUUCGGAGGGAAGGGAAUAGAAAUUUUGUUAGUUGAACAGACAAAUGGCGAAAAAGCAGCUGGAUUUCAAUGCACCUCUUUUAUCUGUGAGGAAAAUAGCAUCAUCUUUAACUCCCAAUGAGAGAGCAAAUAAAAAGAUGGCAGAUAAGGUACCACCAAAUCGACAACAAUCACUACCUGUCAAAAAAUCAGAUUGGGAAUUGACUGAGGUGACAAAACCAGUAGCUGUUCCAUUUGUGUGGGAACAGAUCCCUGGAAGACCAAAAGAUGACAUUGAAGUCCGAACUAGCCUUCGUGUGGAGCGUUCAAGUAGUCCUAGGUUGCCUCCAGGAAGAUUGCCAGAGACUGUUCGGUUCUAUUCGGGUGAAAGGCCUCGUACUCGUAACAUUUACAGGUCUCCAGCUGAAGGACUUCCUUGGAUGGAUCAUGCAGCUUUACUGGAUAGACUGGUGGAAAGUAUAUACACGAGAGGAGAUAGAGAAAGUGAGGAUGGUGCUUAUUCUGAUGGUCCUGAAACAAUGUCACCUACCGAAUCCUUAUCCUUGAACUGCAGUGUCAGUGGUCUGAGUGGACAUCAAACUUCAGAUUUGCAACCAUCCGGAACCUUUUCCAUUGACUCCCAAACUAGAGACUUUAUGAUGAGUCGAUUCUUGCCUGCAGCAAAAGCUGUUGUGUUGGAGACGCCUCAAUACGUUCAUAAAAAAACAGUCUCUGCUGAACAACCGAUGCCAGUCAAAAAGCUGGUCCCCGUGGAACGAAAACCUUUGGUUAAGCCAUUGGAGUCUAACCCUGUCUCAUAUUAUAGCAGCCAUCCAGCUGAUGUAGGAAGUGAAACUGAAGAUGAUGUGCCUGAGAAUCCGGACAAAAAGCCAAGUAAAGGGUGGAGAUUUUUCCCUCGGAUUUGUGUGAAGAAUUCUUUGUGCCUAUUAAAUCCACUGCCAGGAUUGAAAGUGAAGACACGUGCUCCGACACCCUCGCCUCAAGCAGUAAAGAGAGUUUCAGGAACGAAACCAAAGAUGGCCCAGAGUCCCACAUCUUAUGCUCAUGAAGUCAAGAAAUUAACUAGAAAAGCUUAUAGUGGUCCUCUUGAGAAGAAUGCUUGUGAUACCAUUAAUAAGCAAAGAUUUCAUUCUGGAGUACUGUCUCGCGAGCUGUACAAAGCUGAUAAUAGAAGUAUGUCCGGGCAGCUGUCUAAUCCAAACGACUCAUGUAAGCUAGUUGGAAUCUCUCCUGGCAGGCGUUCAAGAAGUGGGGCUAUAUCUCCUUAUCGAAAUGUAGCACCCCCAUCUCCGUUCAAUGAGGGUACAAGGUUUCUUGGUGUCCCAAAGGAAAUGGAGAGUCUUUGGGCUAGUCGCUUUGAUUCAUUCCGCAAAGGUUGCUACACUGUCAAGGACAAAGCAGUACCACAGAGAAUGGGCACAGGAAAGUUUUUUGAUUCGCCAAGUGAAGUAGUUGAGAAAACCUUGUACAUAGAUUCUGUAGAUAAUGUGCAAAUUUCAGCCCCUAACGCUGCUUCUUUGAAACCCAAGGGAAUAGUGAACUCCCCGGAUAAGAAUAUGAAAACUCUGGUUGAAAACAGAAAACUGCUUGAAAACUUGGCUGCCAUGGCUCCUAUUCAAGGUGCCAGGCGCUCAGAUGUUUUAGAGAAAAAUAGCAAACAGAUUGUUGAAAAGGAGUCUUCCCUUGAUUUGAUUGAAGCUUCUACAAUUUCCAUAGCAACACACAAAGGUCCUGCUGAUCAAGAGUUUUUGAAACUAAAGCAAAAUGUUGAUACAGUAUCUGGAGCCUUAGAGUCUUCAAAAGUUCAUCCUUGUGGGAAUUUAGUUACAGAAAAUGAAGAUAACCAAAAUGCAAAAGACUCAAAAGAUUCUAACCUUACCUCCUUGGAAUCUACUUUACCACCACCAUUACCUAAAUCUCCCUCUGAGUCUUGGCUUUGGCGCACGCUGCCUUCCAUUCCUUUGAGAACUCCAUUCUUGAGUUUUAACUCUAAGAAGCAGAAUCAGAAGUCCCAAACUGAUGGUACCAAGUGGGAGACAAUCGUGAAAACUUCUAAUUUGCAUAAGGAUCAUGUCCGUUACUCUGAGGAGCUAUAUACUCUUGGUUCUUGUCAGCAGAGCAAAUCUUGAAGAUGGAUCAUUCAUAAAGAUGAAACAUCUUGUUUCUUUCGGUAUAGCUUCAGUGCUAUCCUGAAACUACAUUUCAUUCCUCUUGGAAUUUCCUUGUCACUAUUUUAGUCUAGGUAUACGAGGAAAUUUUUUUCCUAUUCCACCUCAAAAAAUUACUUGGUUUUGAUGGUGGCGAUUGUUGUAAUUUUCAAUAUUGACAUAGUAGUGGGCAUGAGAAUUGCUGAGUUUUUUGUGUUCCUGAAAACCAGCCCUUGCCUUGAGAUAUGAAUGAAUGACAUUUGAUUCUAUAUGACAUUCUGGUAUAGUAUUGUUUUUUCAUAAUGUGUGGCAUUGAAGUAAAUAUCUUUAGCUUUUCUGGUAAUAUUUGAUUCAA